AUGUCUACAGAUGGAGAUGCUGGUGUUGUUGUUUUUUUCUCCAAUCAUAAUUUACCAUCACUGUCACCCAUUGUGAACUUACAAAAGAAAUUUUAUUCUGUUCCUGUUAAUUCUGUCAAAGGAGAAAUUGUGAUUACAGUCGCAAAUGGAAAUAAGAAGAGUGCUUGUCAAGUAGUGAUAGUUGAUUACACACAGGAUGUCAAAGAUUUUUGGAGGCAAUUAGAUUUUUCAAACUUUCCAGAGUCAUUUUAUAAGGCUAUUGGGAUUGAUUUAUCUUCUUCUCCAGGAGUUAAACAGAUGAUUAGUUAUGUUUUAGCUGGAUUUACUUGUUUGACAUUAUUUUUAACAAUUAUUAUUGUUGUUGGUUUAGUAUGGUUGUGCUAUUCAUCUUCCAAAGGCAAGACAAAAAAAGAUUAA